AUGUUACUGAGCGGAGCUCCUCCUGCGGGCUCCGGCCCCGGGCCGCGGGCGCAGGGGAGCGCUGGGGGCGGCCCAGGGGGGUCUCGUCGAGGAACUGGGGGUGCAGGGCCUGGCCCUGGAGGGGGCGGCAGCGGUGGAGUGGCCAAGUGGCUCCGGGAGCACCUGGGCUUCCGCGGGGGGAGCGGCGGCGGAGGUGGGGGUAAGCCGGCGCCCCCAGAGCCCGACUACCGACCCUCCGCACCAUCCUCGGCGGCGCCCCCCGCGCCGCCCCCGGACAUCCUCGCAGCUUACCGGCUGCAGAGGGAGCGCGACUUCGAAGACCCCUACUCUGGGGGGCCGUCUGCCUCCGCUGCCCUAGCCACCCCUUCGGUCCCCGGCCCCACGCCGCCCCCACGGCAUGGCUCGCCCCCACACCGCCUUAUUCGAGUUGAGACCCCAGGCCCCCCGGCACCCCCUCCGGAGGAGCGGAUCCCAGGACCCCCAGCCAGCAGCGACAGGUUGGCUAUUUUAGAAGACUACGCGGACCCAUUUGAUGUUCAAGAAACUGGCGAAGGCCCAUCCGGAGCUUCUGCAGCCCCAGAGAAGGUGCCUGAAAAUGAUGGCUACAUGGAGCCCUAUGAAGCCCAAAAGAUGAUGGCUGAGAUCCGGGGCUCCAAGGACACAGCUGCUCAGCCCUUGCCUCUGUAUGACACACCCUAUGAGCCAGAGGAUGAAGGGACCACUCCAGAGGGGGAGGGGGCCCUCUGGCCCUGGGAGUCUCGCCUGCCUGAGGAUGAUGAGAGGCCCCCUGAGGAGUAUGAUCAGCCCUGGGAGUGGAAGAAGGAGCGAAUUUCCAAAGCCUUUGCAGUUGACAUUAAGGUCAUCAAAGACCUACCUUGGCCUCCGCCUGUGGGACAGCUGGACAGCAGCCCCUCCCUGCCUGAUGGGGACAGGGACAUCUCCGGUCCAACCUCACCCCUCCCUGAACCCAGCCUGGAGGACAGCAGCGCCCAGUUUGAAGGAUCUGAGAAGAGCUGCCUGUCACCUGGCCGGGAGGAGAAGGGGCGGCUACCUCCCCGACUCUCUGCAGGGAACCCCAAGUCAGCCAAGCCCCUAAGCCUGGAGCCCAGCAGCCCCCUGGGGGAGUGGACAGACCCAGCACUGCCUUUGGAAAACCAGGUCUGGUACCACGGGGCCAUCAGUCGAACAGAUGCCGAGAACCUGCUCCGGCUGUGCAAAGAGGCCAGCUACCUGGUGCGGAACAGUGAGACCAGCAAGAAUGACUUUUCCCUCUCUCUCAAGAGCAGUCAAGGCUUCAUGCACAUGAAGCUGUCCAGGACCAAGGAACACAAGUAUGUGCUGGGUCAGAACAGCCCGCCCUUCAGCAGCGUCCCUGAAAUCGUGCAUCACUACGCCAGCCGCAAGCUGCCCAUUAAGGGGGCCGAGCACAUGUCCCUGCUCUACCCCGUGGCCAUUCGGACUCUGUAGAUGUGAGGCCCCAGCGCUGCGGGUCUGGACCCAGCCCUGUGCCCAUUCCCUGGCUGAAAGCUGUGGCCCUUCCCGGGACGUGAUUUCCCGAACCUUUCUUCCCCUCUCCCUGGUACUGAAUGGGAGCUGGAGAUUCCUUAAUUUAUUGUAAAGGGGAAGGGCUAACAGAGCCUUGGUGUAAAGGGUAGUCUGGAGCUGAGGAUAAAGAAUCCCUGGGGAAAGGCUAGCCCAGGAAGAAAGGGGCUUCAGAACCCUUGGUCUCCCAAGGAGUUUAAGAUCUGCAGCUCCGGCCCCUUUCUGCCCCUAGGGCGGAGGUGGCGAUGCCUCCACCUUCCCCCUGGGUCUACGCGGGUGGAGCUGGACGCGGCUCGCGGGACGCCUUGACCAUCUCGCCGCCUCUACCACAAACCGCCAGCGGACUCGGCCCAAACUCUGUUGCGGGGCUUGGGAGAGGCACUGAGGGUGGGGAGAGGGGAAGGACCGGAGGAAACUUGUGCAGUCUUCGGCCACCCCGGCUCCCGGCCAGAGGCAAUAAAUAAACCCAGUCCUGCCA